UAAAACCAUAAAAAAAAAUUGCGCCGCCAUCUUAACAUUUUCGUCACUCGUGUGUGGGAAUAUUGGUUUCUUAUAUUAUAGAAAAUUUAUUGAAGAUAUAGUAGUUAUUAAUAGAAACAUUCUCAAAAUAACAUCAAGCGAUGUCGGACAAAAAGCGGUUGCUAAACGACCUCAGAGUUAUAGACUUACGGGCAGAAUUAGAGAAGCGCAACCUAAAUAAAAGCGGUGUUCGCGGUGUGCUCAUACAGCGUUUAUCGGAGCAUUUAGAAGCUGAAGGGCACGAUCCUGCAACUUACAAAUUCGAAUUGGCUACUGUAGAGGCCAAAACUCCGGGUAAAAGAAGCAGCCGGUCGGAGAGUACUGUUGAACAGGAGGAAGAUACGCCGGCCAUGGAAGAUAUGAUUGUACAAGAUGACGCAGGAGAAGAAGAAGAAACAGAGCAAAGAGAUGCAACCCCAGCUAAAACCAAUCCUCAAGCUGAAGACAGCAUGGAGGUCGAGGAACAAGAAAAAUCAAGCAGAAAAAGGGAGUUAAAGGAGGAACCAGAGGCCACAGAGGCUAAAAAGCCUUGUCUUGACAAAGAUACAAAUAAUGAAGAAGAUCACAAACUAGAGAAUAACACUGAUGCUGAGGACAGCAUUAACUUGGAUAUUGGUGAUGAUGAACUGCUUAAUGAAGAGACUGAAAACAACGCCAAACCAUCUAAGAAAGAUGAGGCUGCGGAGGAGGAGGAGGAGGAGGACGCGGCCGAGCCAUCGAGCGACAAGUCUGCGCCCGCCGACUCUGCAGCGAAUGGUGACGGCGAGCCUGCCGACGAUCAACAUCAAGUAAACUCCGAAGCCCCCGCCACUAGCAAUGAGGAUGAAAAACAUGAGAAAGAGAUAAAAGAAGAAAAAGGCAAAGAAGCAGAUGGCGAAAAGAAAGAGAAGAAGGAGGAGAAUAAGGAAGGUGGUGCAAGGAAUUUGUGGGUCAGUGGACUGUCCGGCGACACUCGCGCUAAGGACUUGAAGCAACUCUGCAGCAAGCAUGGAAAGGUGAUUGGAGCUAAGGUGGUAACCAAUGCAAGGACUCCUGGAUCUCGUUGCUAUGGUUAUGUCACUAUGGCAAGUGCUCAAGAUGCUGAGAAUUGUAUAAAAAACUUACAUAGAACUGAAUUGCAUGGGCGCAUGAUUUCUGUUGAGAAGGCUAAGUCAGAAUCAGAAUCGGCCUCACGACGCCAACCUACCGCGCGUUCAGAACGUCGCCCUAGCAAGGAACGUAAAGAGGAAGCUAAAGAAAAUGAGGACAACAAAGAAGGUAUCGAAAAGACAGGUGAAAUUAAGGUGAAGAAGGAAAGUGAAAUGUCGGGAGCAGAAAGUACUCGGUCCACUUCACGAACACGUGAAAAGUCACAUCGCUCGGACAAGGAUCGUGCAAAGCGGAGCACAAGAAGCCGAGAGCGUCGGCGGUCGCCUCGGGAGGUUUUGUCUUUUUCCAAAAUUUGGAAGGAGCGCGACGUGGCGCGUGCCCGCGAAAGGUCGCGCGCGGCGCGCGAGGAGGAGCGCCGGCGCCGCGCCGCCGAGGACGCGCUGCGCGAGCGGGAACGUCGCCAGCGACAGGAGAAACAUCGCCUCGCUCUCGAGCGAGAGAAACUGCGCGCUGAGAGAGAGAAAAUUGAACGCGAAAAGAACGAGCUACUUCGUUUGGAACGCGAGCGUCACAGACUUGAAAGAGAGAAACUCGAAUUGGAAAGACUGGAACUGAAACGUGCUCAACUAAGGCUGGAAGAGGAACGUCGCAAGCGCGGAUACGAGGGUGGCGCAUACCGUAAGGCGGGCAGUCCGCCGCCCGAGCCCGCUUACGAGCGAGACACCAGGCACAAGCGCCCACCGCCGCCUCCCAUAUCAUCCAGCCGUGGACAGUUCGAGGCGCCGCCGCCGCCUCGGUUCGAGAUGACCGCAAGUUAUGACCGCGGGACUGACAAGCGGGAUCGCGAACGUGACUACAAGCGAGAUUAUCCUCGUCAUGUUUCAUCUAGUAACAUGAAAUACUCAAGCAAUGGUGGAGCUAGUGAAGAUUCCCGGCAACCAAUGCCACCCGGCACCAGGCCUAAAGAGCCCAGCCGCUCAUACGAGUCUCGUGACAACCGGUCAUAUCGGCCGUCACCGCCUGGAAAACCAGAACCGCGCAGCUGGAAUGCGUCUAGUCGCUACCCUGACGCUGCACCGCCUUCUAAAGGCAGUAACGGUAGUGGUGGAGGCGGCGAAGCUUGGUCGAGCGGUGAGGCACGCUACGGCAGUUACGAAGCUCGCUACGCGCCACAGUACCAACCGCCACCGCCUGGCGCGCCUUACCCCGACCGCUAUGCGCCGCCGCCUCGCGACUACCCGCGAAAGUACUAGUCACGUUUUUGGACAACUUUUGGCGAUACGGUUUACGAGUUAAUUUCCUAUGUUAGAGUGAAUGUUAUUAUUUUAUAAUGCACACUUUCUUAGUUCAGAGGGAUAGUAUCUAUCUCUGAAUAAUAUUGUACGUGAUAUAUUAUGUUACAUUUUGUAAUUACUUGUUGCAACAAUUUAAGUAAUACUAUUUUUGUCAAUGGUGUCACAAGACUUUUUUAGCCUAUGAAUUCCUCGAUUUUUAAGGAAUAUUAUAGGAUAAUAUUUAGCUCAUUCCUUUAUAGACAAGUGACGACUAAUAUUAAUGAUGAUAUCAUUUUAUUUGGAUCCUAUUCUCUUAAAAGUUAAUAUACAUAUUAUUUUCCAUGUAUAAGAUUUAAUAAAAGUCUUAUCUCCAGACUAGCUAUUUAGUGCUUAUUAUUAUUCAUGUACGCCGCUAUCAAUUUUUUAUCAUGUAACACUUGACCAAAAUGAACUAAGGUAUAAAAAAAUGUACAGUCUACAUAAAUACAUAAUAAUAUAUUGCUAAAUGUUUGUACAAAGUUACAUUGGAUAUGAUAGGCUAAUACGAAUACAUUGUACUGUUUUGUGUAAAGUAUAGAUGAUAAUAUGAUAAGUAAAA